GGUGGCGGUUUCCCUUAUAGGCAGGGUCGUCGUCGCGCGCGCCAAUCUUCGAAUCGCAAUCGCCUCGUUCGGACACUCGAAUAUCAAGUCUUGCUGAUCGUGAGAAGAUGCCGGGAAUAACUGACCUCGUUAUUGUGACCAUCGCACUUGGGACUGCUCUCCAUUCCACCGAAGCGAAUGUUCUCAACCGAGUUAGACGCCAAUCCCAGAGCAGGGACGGAGAGGUCAUCGAUAACAUAUUCAACAUUCCAAUUACAGCCAUCCAACAGACUUCAGCAGCUGCUCAAAAUUUAUAUCCAGAUGGUAGCUCCGGCAUAGACAGUUUUUUCAAUAUACCAGUUGCAACAUUGGAGGCAGUAAGUAACCUGGUAAAGAACCGGAACACACUGUCUCAGCGACGCCCAGCGGACGUCUCUACCGAUAUUCAGAAACGUCGCAAGGAGAAACGGGAUCGGAUCCUUGCUCAUCGUCAAGAACAGAGGUUACAACAUAAAGAUCCACUUGGUCUGAAUGCCUUUACCGACCUCCUGGUUGGAAAUCACGGCUUAUUUAGUGGUCAUGGGUUUUGGGGUGGUCUUCAUGGCUCACUUGGUGACCAUUUCAGUAGUCACUUAAGUAGUCACUUUGGUGGUCACGGAAGUUCGCACGGUCAUGGUGACGGUGAUGAUCAGGAUAGUUUUGCAGACAAUCAGGACGAUUCCGGAAUGUCGAGCAGCAGUAACGAGGCUAACGAUAAUGUGUACGAGGUGACAGAAGAGGUCGAUGAGGAUAAAUCUGGAUCGGGUGGAUGGUUCGAUUUCAACAGCUGGCUAGGAGGUCACAAGACGUCAUCACCGUCGAGAAAUCAGAAUAAAAUCGCGCCACGUCCCGAGAGGCGAAAGUACAGCAAAUACGUCGACGACCAAGAUGCACCUCUAGAGAAUAAGAUAGCACCGAAAAUCGACAGAAAUAAUCGUUACAGAAAUCAAUACCCUAAUAGCCCCUUGGAAAAUAAAAUUGCGCCAAGAGAAGACAGAAAAUAUUAUCGAAGAAAUCAUGGAGACCUACCGUUGGAAAACAGAGUUGCUCCAAGACCCGAAGGACGGAGCAGAAUUGUGUUCGAGUAUUGAAGUUAUUGACUUCGACGACUAAUCAUAUCAACCAUUUUGCUGCCAACUUUACAAAUUGUUGAACAUUGU